AUGGUCAAUGAUAGAAUCACGUCUUCUUCAAAACAUGCCAAUGUAGAUUACAAUCUUCUGGGAGCCGUUAAGGAUUUGAUCGGUGUUGACUUUGUCGAAGGUAGUGACAGCUUCCCAGCCUUCGAAUUUACCGCAAUGUCUGAUAUAAAAGACUCCUAUCGUCUGCAUUUACCUGAAAAAUUGUACGAGUUUGCAAUUACAACCAUCUUCCGUCCGGUAACACGUACCGGUGGAUAUUUAUUCAGCAUAGUAAAUCCGGAAGAAACAAUCGUCCAACUGGGUAUACAUUUGAGUCCUGCAACAACUGGCAAAUGGAACAUAACAUUGCUCUACACCAAUUGGGAUAGCACAACUUGGGUCAGCAAGAAGUUGGCUACAUUCGAAAUACCCUAUUCGAACAAUUGGCAGACUGUAGCAUUCAAAAUACUCUCAGACCAGGUUACAUUCUAUCACAACUGCAUUGAGACAACAACGGUGAUGGUGAAGCGAGAACCUAUUGAAUUGAUAUUUGAUUCGGCUUCGACCCUUUAUAUUGGGCAAGCUGGUCCAAGGCUGAAGGGCCAUUUCGAGACUAAAAAUCCUGUGAUGAAUACGAAACGUUUUGUUUAA